AUGACUGAAAUUCUCAACAUCGGAAGCGAGCCGGUUUUUGACGAUCGCAUCGUCAAGAUCAAGACUCACACGUACUACAACCCGUACGCCAACACAACGUUUGACUAUAGCGACGAGAUACGAAUACCCAUACAACAGCAGGAUCUGUAUACGUUGCCGUGCGAAAGUUUUCUCUACAUCGAAAAAACAUUGACGGUGACCAGAGCAGCCGACCAAGUCGAUAACGUGGUAUUGGGUACUAAUUGCGUCGCGUUCAUGUUCGACGAGAUUCGAUACGAGCUCGACGGUAUGGAGAUUGAUCGCUGCAGAAACGUAGGAAUAACCAGCACGCUCAAGAACUACGUUACGGUAUCGUCCGGCAGAAGCGUGAUCCUGCGAAACGCUGGCUGGGAUCCGCAGAAUAACCCAGAAUUGAACGGAUAUUUCAAUUUCUGCGUACCGCUCAACUUGUUACUAGGAUUUUGCGAGGAUUACAAACGCGUGGUGAUCAACACUCGUCACGAAUUGAUCUUGAUACGAGCGCGUAACGACAACAGUUCCCUGGUGGGAAGUUUUGCGUUGGAGCCUACUAUCAAAAUACUCAAGAUACAAUGGCGAAUGCCUCACGUGGUAUUGAACGAGAUCAACAAGCUGUCGAUGCUGCUCGCCUUGGAAGUCGGACGAUAUCUAAGUAUGAAUUUUCGUUCGUGGGAUCUGUACGAGUAUCCCCUGUUGCAGAACACGACCAAGCACUCAUGGGUCAUUAAGACCGCGACUCAGCUCGAGAAACCGCGAUACGUCGUCUUUGCUCUGCAGACGGGUCGGAAGAACGUCAUGACCACCGACACAAGCCGAUUCGACGACUGCAACUUGACCAACGUAAAACUAUAUCUAAACUCGGAAGUUUAUCCGUACAACGACCUGAAUUUGGACUUUGGCAAACACAGAUGGGCGAUUCUGUACGAUAUGUACGCGCGUUUCUGCAAGGUCUACUACGGAUACAAAUAUCUCGAGCCGAGUCUCACCGUUUCGACUUUUCUACGUAACGGCCCGUUUGUGAUCAUCGAUUGCUCCCGCCAAAACGAAUCCGUCAAAAACGCCACCGUGGAUGUCAGAAUAGAAUUCGACUACAUGGAGAACGUACCGCCAAACACCUCCGCGUACUGUCUCAUCAUACAUGACCGCGUGAUUGAGUACAACCCGUUGACAAACGUGGUGCGCAAAAUAGUCUGA